GACGGUCCGAGGUCUUGUGGCCGUUCGAAUUUUCCCUCGGUGUCCCAGUACAAAUCUUCAAACACGUGUCCAGACGGUGUCAUAGUCGGAAUUGCGGCGACUCUCGUUCGGAGCAAGAGACCAUUCGUCUCUCUGUGUCUGCCUUUCUUCCGGAAAUCAUUGUCAGCAGGCCCCGCUCUCGUCUACUCGAUGGCGAAGCCUAAGCUGGUCGUAUUCGACCUUGACUACACUCUGUGGCCUCAGCACGUUGACUGCACCGUCGAUCCUCCGUUGCGGAAAGACAAGAACGGCAACAUUUUCGAUGCGGACGGACAAGCCGUCAAGCCUUUCCCAGAGGUCCCUCGCCUAUUAGAGAAACUCCGACAAGACGGCUAUCAGAUUGGUGCCGCUUCGAGAACAGAUUCUCCACCUGUUGCGAAUCAACUCAUCAAAUUGCUCGAUUGGGACAAGUACUUUGAUUAUCGUGAAAUCUACCCAGGCUGCAAAGUCACCCAUUUCAACAAGUUCAAGAAAGACUCGGGCAUCCAAUUCAAGGACAUGAUGUUCUUUGAUGACGAAAUGCGCAACAUCCGCGACAUUUCGAAGCUGGGCGUCACGGCCGUCUACGUCACUCACACUGGCAUGACGAUGAAACUCUUCGACGAGGGUCUGGCUGAAUGGAGGAGGAAGAAUGAGAAUUGACAAUGAUUGUUAUGCUUCGAUUGUGAUCGGAUGAGUCAGAGAUGUGAUCAGCGAAUGGGUGUAUGUUUUUCUCCCUUCUCGAGAUUGUCUACUUGGAGGCUUUUCGGAGAUCGCUACUCGAAUAUCUUGAUUUGUUCAGAAUCCGAGAUCGACCUUUGUGGCUCUCGAGUCGAAAGCAGAAUAAAGUCGUGAAGAAGAG